AUGUUAUCAGAAAUUGUAACACUCUCGCCCAUAAAUCUAAUUUUAUUACCCAUAAUUGGAUUGUUAACCUACAUUGCAAUAUUUUAUUUUCGUUAUUUUAAUCGAACCAAUCCAUUACCUGGUCCGAUACCCUUACCAUUUAUUGGCAAUGUACUACAAUAUCCCGGAGAUGCUGGAAAAUGGGCAAAUCAAUUACAAUUAAUAUACGGCGAUAUAUUCGAAAUUUACUUGGGAACUACAAGAACCAUAUGUUUAUGUCGAGCAAAUCUAGUAGAAAAUUUGAUGAAGUCCCAAUGUUACUUACGCACACCACCAAACGAUGGAUUGGAUGAAUUUGGUGUGAGCAAUAAAGGAAUCAUCUUUAACAGGAAUUAUGAUGAUUGGUCGUAUCAUCGUCGGUUCCUGCAAAAAACAAUCAUGACACCCAAAGUAGCCAAAGAGACUGUCGAAUCCACUCAGGUUUUAUUCCAAGAAAUGGAAGGAUUUUGGAAACGAUUAGGUGAUGAUAAGGAGAUUGAUUUUGCUGGAUGGAUUUCUCGAUUAAGUUUUGAGAAUAUGGUACUUUUGACCACCACGUUAAGGAUAAACUCGAUUACAAAUUAUUAUAAUGAAGUAAAUCCACAAGAUCAAAUUGUUGAGCCCGAGGGAACCCUUUCAAACUCGUCAACUUAUAUCAAUUGCGCGAAAUCAUUCUUUGAUGGUGCCACGUUCAACUUACUCACCCCAAAAAUAUUAAGACAUUCUCCGGGCAUAAAAGGAACAACAAAGUACUUGUUGAGUCAGAAAAAUUGGCUAACCACAAACCUUUUGGGAAUUAUUAAAGCAAGAAGAGCUCAAAUUGAAAAUUCAACGGAAAAAAUUGACACUCAUGAUAUUCUUACUCAAUUCUUGACCAUUAAUACCGAUAAGGAUGUCACCCAAAGUAUUGCUGAUGACAAACAUCCAGGGAGAAUGAGUGAUGAUGACGUUAGAGCUAACAUGACAGAAAUUCUUGGAGGUGGAUCUGUCACAACUCCAAGCACAAUUUGUUUUGUUGUUCAUUAUUUGGCUCAAUAUCCUGAAGUUCAAAAACGAAUGGUACAAGAGUUGGAUAAUGUGUUGGGAAGUGAUCGUGAUAGUCAAUUCACUCUCGAUCAAUUAAAUAAGCUUGAAUAUACCGAAGCAGUUCUCAAAGAAGUUUCACGUGUAUUUCCUUCUGUACCGGUCAAUUUCCGCGCUAUCUCACAACCAGAUGAAAUCGCUGGGCACAAAUUUCCAGCCAACACACAAAUUUUAAUUCAUAUGGAAGGAAUUCAUCAUCAUCCAUCCGACUGGCAAGAUCCUGACGUUUUCAAUCCGGAUCGAUGGUUAAACAUCUCUUCCGGUUCAACUAAACGAAACAAGAAUUCAUUUUUGCAAUUCGGAGGAGGUGCACGUGUUUGCCCAGGAAGAAGUUUAUCUUUGGCUGAAAUAAAAUCUGUAUUGGCUUUAUUGUAUCGAAAGUAUGAUGUUGAGCUGGUGGAUAAAGCUGCUCCACUGAAAUAUCAUUAUAGCUUUAAUAGACAGUGUGAUGAACUUAAAAUAAAAAUUAAACCUAGAAGUUUAAAGUGUUAG